AAGCUCCUUGCAUUUCAAAACGAGUUUGAGAAAAACCAGGGUCCUAAAACCAAGCACACCGGCGCUCAGGUACAUUUCUACGGCCAUAACGCAGUUUUAGAUAGAUUAAAUACAAAUGAUUUACAGUCGGUUUAGCUAAAGUUAAUGUUUUGGUUAGCGAUUUAAUUGAAUUAUUUGUCAAUUAAAAAUACAUACACAGUAGCUACACUUUGCCAUCUAGGUUGAUAUUACCAACGUUAGCAUGUGGCUAGCUGUGUAGCUAACGUAGCUCGUCGUCACGUUUCAUCCUUUUUGGUUUUAGGCAUUUGUAAUUAAUUUAGUUAGCUAGUUAGCCAGCUUUAGGAAAUCAUUUAAACAGUUUUUUGGUAGUAGCUAGCAAAUAACAUUAGCUACUGUAGCUAAAACAUUAACUAGACACCGCUGUCAUCAUGGCGAAAUGGGGAGAAGGGGAUCCACGCUGGAUCGUGGAGGAGAGAGCCGAUGCAACAAACGUCAAUAACUGGCACUGAACUACAAAUGCCUGUCUCAAGCUUAACAACACUCACCAGGGCCAUGAAGAUCUGGACGAUACUGCCAAGUCGAGGCAUAGAACCAGUGGGUGUGCCUGAGUCUUGCCACCUCUCAACUAGGACCGAACGAGAUGUGACAGGCUGGUCGACAGACAAGCUGAAGGAGCUCCUAUUGGGGCUGCGCGUGGAGGGCCCAGAGGGGAGCUGCGAGGUCACCGACGUCCCCAAGCUGGACGGUGAGGCAUCCAUCAACAACCGCAAGGGGAAGCUCAUCUACUUCUACGAGUGGAACGUCAAGGCGACGUGGACUGGAACAUCAAAAACCGGAAUCAAGUACAAAGGGAACAUCGAAGUUCCCAACCUCUCCGAUGAAAAUGACAUGGACGACCUAGAUAUCAGUGUGUCACUUUGCAAAGAUGAACCCAACACAACCCUCACCGAACUUAUGAAGAAGGAGGGAGCGAAGAAAGUGCGCGCUGCCCUGGGGAGCUAUGUGGACCACCUCAAAUCCGAGUUCACUCAGGGCAUGAUCCUCCCAACGGCGAAUGGGGUGGCGAGCAAGCCACAGCCGUCGCAGACGCAGACAAAGGUCAAAGUGGACAAAACCCAGAUUGGCUCCUGCGUAUCAGCCCCCUCUCCUAGCACAGGGGUCAAGAUCCCCACCUGCAAGUUUAGUCUCAAGGAGACCUUCCUCACCUCACCUGACGAGCUGUACAGAACCUUCAUCAACCAGGACAUGGUCCAGGCGUUCACCCAUACUGCAGCCGUGGUUGACGGAGACAAAGGAGGGAAGUUUCAGCUGCUAGAGGGAAGCGUCAACGGAGAGUUUCUGGAGCUGGUCCCAGAUGAAAAGAUAGUUAUGAAAUGGAGGUUCAAGACCUGGCCCUGUGAGCACUAUGCAACUAUUACCCUGAACAUGAAGGAUCGAGGCAAUGAGACUGAGCUGAAGGUAGAAUGUAAAGGAGUCCCGACGGUAGAGGAGGAUCGGACAAAGGAGGGUUGGAAGAGACACUACUUUGAAGCCAUCAAACAGACUUUUGGAUUCGGGGCCCGACUCUACUGAAUAAUGUAAAAAAAAAAAAAAAAAAAAAGAUUAUUUAAUGUGGAUGAAUACUCUUUAGCACAGUCUCUCUUGUAGCACCAGCCCUACAUCGUGCGUAGACAAACGGUGCCUUUUCCACUUGGAAGACUGGCAGUCCGUGUAAGGGUCAUUGGUUCAAGGCUUUCUUUGAUGUCUGUGCUUACCUUACUGAGUCUAUAAGCUAAAUGAGAUGUAGAAACAAUUACUCGAACGACAGUAUAUUUGGAAUUAACUAUUAGCAUUCUCAAUCUCCAAUUCUGCACAUUUGAAGUGUGUCAUGCUGAAAUAAAUUACAUUUUUACUGAA